GAGAGAGACAAUCCACAUUUUUGUAGCUGUAAAACAAAAGAGGCAGAGGACAUACAACUGGUCUACGUUGGAUGGCUUCGUUUCAACGGCUGAAUGUGUUUCUGUUGUUAAGAGUUCUCUUCUUCCAGACAAAGGAUCCUUCUUCCUGUCCACGUUUUCUUUUUGACCACGAACACAUCCCUUGACCUUCUAGAACACAUCCAUUAUUGCUCGCUAUAAACCACCAUUCACCUCCCCCACUUCCACAACCGCCACCCACCAUCUCAAUACCUCCUCCUCAACAAACGCUCUCUAGCGUUGUAAGAGUUUUCAAAGGAGAAACAAUAGGAAGAAGAAUGCCUCCUUUUAUCACAACAAUGGCCUCUCAAAAUGACCAACUUAAUCGCUCUCGAGGCAUUGGUCCACAAUCAGAUAUUAUCACCAUCGAUGUUGGUGGCCAAAUCUUUCAGACCACAAAACAAACCUUAGCUCUAGCUGGACCCAAAUCUCUCUUCUCCCAUUUUGCUCAUCCUACUCAACUGGGUCUUGGUCCUCUGUUCAUCGACAGAGACCCUGAGUUGUUCUCUGUCCUACUCUCUCUUUUGAGAACUGGGAAUCUCCCUUCAAAGGCUAAAUCUUUUGAUCUUGAAGAUUUGAUUGCAGAAUCCAAAUUUUAUAAUAUCGAGUCUCUGUUAAUUAACUCUCUAUCGAAUCCUUGUCAAUUUGAUGCUUUCAACCUCGAAAAGUCGCAAACUUUGCCCUUGAACGGCCGCGAUUUCACUUCCGCCAUGGCCACGACGUCAUUUGGGACCCUUCACGUCGCUCAUGGCAGCAAAAUAACGUCUUUCGAUUGGGCCUUGCGCAUAAAGUCAACGAUCCUGACCCAGUUCACGGCGAUCGAUUCUCUCUUGGCCAUUAAACCAACUCUGGCAGCCGCGGGAGCCACCGAUUUCUCGGGAAUGCAAAUUCUCGAUCUGGAAAAGGGUUUUGUAAGGGAAACUUUGUGUUGGGAAAACGUGACCCAAUCGAGCUCCACAGUUCAGGCAAUUGGAUCGUCUCCAGAUUUCUUGUUCACAAGUUUCGAGUCAGGUCGCAGGAACUCUAACUCGAUCAUGGUUUACGAUUUGCAAUCAUUUUCGCCAGUAACCGAGAUUGCUCACUGCGAGAUAUACGGUGCAGAUCUUGACUCAGCCAUUCCAGCCACAAAAUUGAAGUGGGUAGAGAGCUAUAACGUGGUAAUGGCAUCUGGUUCUCAUAGCGGACCCUCUGGUAUGUUGGGAAAUGUGAAAUUGUGGGAUAUAAGGUCUGGAAAUGUGAUUUGGGAACUGAAAGAGAGAGUUGAUUGUUUCUCUGAUAUUACUGUUUCAGAUAGUUUGUCAGCUAUCUUUAAAGUUGGUGUCAAUUCAGGAGAGGUCUUUUACACAGAUUUGAGGAAAUUGGGUGAUGGCGAUAGUAAUCCUUGGAUUUGCUUGGGCGAUAAGAGGAAAAUGCUGAAUGUCAAGAAAGAAGGAGUUGGGUGCAAGAUUGAGUCUUACGGGAAUCAAUUAUUUUGUAGUAAAGGAGGAGAUGUUGAGCUUUGGUCUGAGGUUGCCAUGAAUUCUUCCAAGAAAAGCGAAGAUGGGUUGCCAAAUAGGGUCUUCAGGAGGAAUUUGAUGGGGAGAGCAAAAGAUAUGGGAGGAUCAAGAAUAACCAACUUGGCUUUUGGGGGAAGCAAGAUGUUUGUAACAAGGAAGGAUCAGCAAUCUGUUGAGGUUUGGCAAAGUUCUGUAAGGGGGUUAUAGAUUUUGAAAAUGCUUGAUUAGGAAUGAAUACUUGUUGAAAGUUGGGCUCUAUUUAUUGUAGUUCUUAGCUUGAUUCAUACAAUUGUAAAUGUUCAUGUAUAUUAUCAAAAUUAUACUGUGACUAGCUAUCUAAUUGUUUUGAGAUCAAUUGUUUUCCCCUGUUUUCUGAUUGCUAUUUAUGUGGAUAAUCAUCAAGGAGAAGGUGUUAAACCUCAGCUUUUUGGUUUAUACAUUUCAUCCUUUGCAAUGAACUGGUACAUGUAUAUUUCUUUCA